AUGGCCCCCCACCUUUGCCCAAUCUGCCACAACACUUUCAGCCGCAAGGAGCAUCUGAGACGUCAUCUAGGAACUCAUUCUGCCAUCCGUCGGUUUGUGUGCGAGACGUGCAGCAAAGGUUUUAAUCGAAGAGAUGCUCUUCGUCGCCACAUCUACACUUGCGUCCAGUACAACAAGAACGAAGACAAGUUCUCUGAGCAGAUUGUGCGCACAACCCCUAGUCAGGUCUCUACCUUGGCAGAAAGAGAUGAGCUCGAAACAUGUGUCAAUGAACACGGUAAUCUCUCGCCCACACCAUCGUGGGACCAUUUGAUUUGCCAGUUGGAGUCAGACUCCUAUCAAGAAUCUAUCCGUGGUGGUGCAUCUCGGUCACUGGGUAUAUUUGUCCGGGUUGUCUCAACCUUUGCAAUCACUGGGAUUUUCGACCCAACCUUUGCCCUACCUGCGUCAGCCCCGCCUCAUACAACAAACUUUUCUCAAGCUCAGGGCAGCCAAAUGCCCACCUGGGGUCUCCCUGGCUCUGUUACCAUGAUGGACGCUAGUGACGCAACUGCGUCGUGCGUUUGGCCUUCGAGCCCUGGUUCGGCCAAUGAAAAGUCUCUAUGCCCAUACUAUUCAUCAAAUCUGAAUCACGAGAGUGCCCGAAUUGAAGCGCUUCGGCCCACUCAGUUCUUUACGGGAACCAGUGAGCCCUGGAGUCCUUCUCACGCACCUAUGUUGUCUAUAGAAUAUGACGAUUGCUUGAUGGCGAGCAAUGAGAUCAUAUCGAGACUGAGGAAUGAAAUCAGCCAGAAACGAAUAGGUCAUGCUAUAUAUCCGCAAGAGUGGAAUUCGCAACUCGAAAACGAAUGUUUGAUCUUGUUUGGGCCAAGUAGCCUAAUGAAACUCACGGAGGAGUACUGGAGCACUUGGUACAUCCACUGGCCAGUGAUACACCGAGCGACCUUCCGGAUCUCUCUAGCAUCAGCCAGCCUCAUAGCCAGCAUGGUACUUCUGGCCGCUAGCUAUUCAUCCUAUGCCAACACAAGAGAACUUGCCCGUUAUUGGGCUGACGCUGUAGAAACUAUAGUGUUUGCAGACGAAUAUUUUGGAAGCACCACCGUGUUUUCCGCUUUGAAUGCGGCGUGUCUAGAAAGACGGCUGCGAGCACUGCAAGCUGGGCACGCUAUGUGUAUUUAUCAGACAUUUGAGGGUGGACCUAUCGCAAAGCGAAGGGUAAGGCGAAGCCGAUUCAAUGAAGUUGUUGCCAUGGCGCGUGAACUUGGUUUUCAAAACGGUCGACACACGGAUGUUCAAUACGUUACAAAGGACACAUUUAAUUGGAAGGAAUUCAUCUUGAAGGAAGAGCUCAUCCGCACACUUACAUAUAUGAUUGUUCUUGACAGCGGACUUGUCAUCAUUUAUAACACAGUUCCCAGGGUCAUGGUUCCAGAGCUGCAGACGGACUUGGUUUGCCCGGAAACCUGUUUCCAGGCCGCUACUGAGUCAGAAUGUCUCCAGUAUCUUCUUUCCUGGGCAUCACAUCCACUCUGGAAGGGGCGGCGUAUGUCCAUUGCGGACGCGAUCAAAAUAUUAAGUGAAACUAACCUAGACUUUCAAACACAGCAGAUGUUCACACAAUUUGGCGAAUUGAAUCUUUUUGUACUCACAGCAGCGCUUCACUCGACAAUCUUCUACAUACGAAAUUCGAUCCUUCCAUUCUAUCCAACUUCGGCUGUAUUAAACAUAAUGCGUAAUUGGAGGAGAAUAUGGACGCUCCGCAAGUUGAUGAGAUUCCGAGAAAAUUUUGGAACUCCUGCUCAAUCAACGGGCGACGAAAUUACUCAACGGGAAAGGUGGAGGCAGACUGGCUUCAUGAAAGACGCAAUGCAAUUCUGGAUACUUGGACAAAUUAUGCUCGACAGCAAAAGAACCCGGAGUCUCGAGAAAGGCUCGAGGACUGGCGACAACAAUGCUCCCAGUCAGUUUGAUCAACCAUAUAUGAGUGAUCUCAAACAAUAUCUCAGCAAGGCUGGAGGAAUUUCGACAUAA